AUCGAUGUCUAUUACAGGUAUAACAUUAUCUCUUAAUUUUUAGAAAUACGAUUAGCAAUAUCGAUUUUAUCAGAGAUAAACCAAGAAAACAGAAACUUAUGAUUUAUUAGAAAAAAAUUAAGGCGUGCAAUGAUUCUUGAAAUCAUAAAAAACAAAAAAUUAAUCUUGUAAAGAGUCAAUCUCGAUAUUUUCUAUCGAUAUCGCAGGACUAUCGCAUCCUGUGUUGAUUACGUAUCCUUUAUUUUUAUUAGUUGAUUACAAUUUUUCGCCUUUUUGCUGUUCUCAUCAAAGAUUUACUAUUUCUGUAAAAUCUCUUAAAAAUCCGUAUCUUGUGUGUAAUACUAUUAAUCAUUCUCAUUCAUCAUGAAAUGACUUCGCCGACGUGGUUAUGUUCGUUCCCUGUAUUUCGCAUGAUACCAUGCGUUCGGCGAAGCAGUAUCUUUCGAACUUGCGAUUUACCGCAAUUUAGCGCCUAUGACACAUCGUGUAGCGAGAAAUGGGUGCACGCAGAUAAAUUCUAUUGACAACUUGUUGACAAAGUUAUGAAAAACGCGCUUAUGAUGUCCGAAAUAUCGCAGAUGUAUACGUCGCACAUGUGUUAAUUUUUUAAACGAAUCGUUUACUGGCCGCAUCAUCGUUUACUCGUACUUUUUUAUUUUGUUAUUAAUCAACACUCUUUUCUUAACUUAAUUUUUUUCUACAAAGCUACAUUUGUAGUUUGUACAAAAAUGUCAUACAUGAAAACAUUACCUUUGCUAGACGGGACGAAAUUAAUUGUUAUAGAAGAAGGCUUAGAUGCGACACAUGCCACAGCAUUGAUAGCUGGAUGGAUACACGUAUGGAAAGAAAAGAAUUCUGACCACAGUAUCGAGUUGUUGUCAUUUUCCGAACCGAAAGCCUGGUACGACAGUGGACCAGAACCACUUACCUCUACGAAUACAAACUUGCAUGAUUAUUUUACUGUUGACACAACUAAAAACGCUGAAAAGAGAGAUCUGGAAAAUCUUGAUCGUGCACUCAACCUCGAGCUGAAACCUCAGACUACAGUCGUCGUCAAUUGCUUAAGUACCUUGAUUUUGUAUGUAGGUUUACAAAAGACUCUAUGGUUUAUAGAUAAGUUAAGUAAACGGGUGUCACAAUUGAUAUGCAUUUAUCGGAGGGAUUUCAUAGACAAAGUUCCUGCAAUUGAAACUUUUGGUACUACUUAUGUUAAGCUGGAGAAAUUUGUCGGAAUUAUUCCUACAAACAGUUUAGUCUAUAAUGCAAUGUUCACUCAUAGAAAGUUGAGUGGUUCUGUGAUAUGUCAAACAGAAGUGAUAAAACAGGAUAUUGAAUCUUAUCAAAUCAAUGCUGAAAAGAUUACCGUACCAAGCAUUUGUAAAACAGAGCCAAUCAAAAUUGAAUCGUCGUUUAGGAUAGAAAUGAGUGCUCAGGAGAUGGCGCAAAGAGAUAAGACACCUUUACCCUACACUUUAAAUGCAACAAGUACAUCUAGAAUAUUGUAUCAACCGGAAGAUGUGGAUGAUAUAGAUGAAGAGGAUCCUGAUGAUGAUCUAUGUAUAUAAAUUUGUAAAAUGAAAAGAAUUGUGUGAAUGUUAUAAUAAUAACAUAAUAUUUUAGAUUACACUGUGAGACAAAUUUUUCCAAAUGCUGAUGCUAGAAUCUUAGAAACGAAUAUGAAUUAAUAUAAUAGAGAUAAAAAGUAGUAUUCCUUUCUAGGGUGAUAUCAUUAAUAAAAUAAAGGCAUUGAAAAAUAAGUAAUUGAAAAAACUACAAUGUAGUUAUAAUAUAUUAAUAUUAUCAAUUUGUAA